AUGGCUAUCAAGGUCGGCAUCAACGGUUUCGGUCGUAUCGGCCGCAUUGUCUUCCGCAAUGCUGCUGAGCACCCCGAGGUCGAGAUUGUUGCCAUCAACGAUCCCUUCAUUGAGACCCACUACGCUGAGUACAUGCUCAAGUACGACAGCACCCACGGCAUCUUCAAGGGUGACAUCAAGGUCGAUGGCAAGAACCUCAUUGUCAACGGCAAGACCAUCAAGUUCUACCAGGAGCGCGACCCCGCCAACAUCCCCUGGGCCGAGACUGGCGCUCAGUACGUCAUUGAGUCCACCGGUGUCUUCACCACCACCGACAAGGCCUCUGCCCAUCUUAAGGGCGGUGCCAAGAAGAAGACCUACGACGGCAAGGCCGAUGUCAUCUCCAACGCCUCUUGCACCACCAACUGCCUUGCUCCCCUCGCCAAGGUCCUCAACGACAAGUACACCAUUAUCGAGGGUCUCAUGACCACCGUCCACUCCUACACCGCCACCCAGAAGACCGUCGAUGGUCCCUCCGCUAAGGACUGGCGUGGUGGCCGUACCGCUGCUCAGAACAUCAUUCCCAGCAGCACCGGCGCCGCCAAGGCUGUCGGCAAGGUUAUCCCCUCGCUCAACGGCAAGCUCACCGGCAUGUCGAUGCGUGUACCCACCGCCAACGUCUCCGUUGUUGACUUGACUGUCCGCAUCGAGAAGGCCGCCUCGUACGAGGACAUCAAGGCCACCAUCAAGGCCGCUUCCGAGGGCGAGCUCAAGGGAAUCCUCGCCUACACUGAGGAUGACAUUGUCUCCACCGACAUGAUUGGCAACCCUAACUCGUCCAUCUUCGACGCCAAGGCCGGUAUUGCCCUCAACGACAACUUUGUCAAGGUCGUCAGCUGGUACGACAACGAGUGGGGAUACUCUCGCCGUGUCCUCGAUCUUCUUGCCUACGUCGCCAAGGCUGACGGCAACGCCUAA